UAAAUUUGUAGACUCAGAGACACAGCCGUCGAUAAAUUUAUUAUUUGUAGUAAUUAUUAAUCUCUAAAUGCAUUAAUUUAAAAAAUAUUAUCUUAUAUGUAGUUACAUUAAUAUAUAUGUAUGCGGUUACCAGUGCCAUUGACCGCAGUCAGUGCCAUGCCCUGUACUCAUACCAGUUAGAAAGACUGAGGAAAGAAAAAUGGAAGAGAAUAAGACAAGACAGUGUGACAGAGGGGACACGGCUAUAAGUGAGAGACCGGAAAUGUGUCCCUCUGCGGCUCACGAAUUGCUCGAGCGGCUGCGGUGGCUCUUUGAAGCUCACGCACGCAGACCUAAGGAGACCAUGGAAAAGAAGCUGAUGAUCAUCGACACCGAUUGCGGCAUAGAUGAUGCUCAGGCAAUAAUGAUGGCGUUGGCGGCGCCUAACAUCCACAUCCUGGGCGUCACCUGCGUGUUUGGGAACACGGCGGUCGACAACGUGUGUCAGAACGUUUUGAGGGUGCUCUCAGUCUGUGAGCGCAACGGGAUUCCAGUGUUUCGAGGUUCUGCUGGCCCUCUGGUUGGAGCAGGAAACUCAGCCACUGACCACUUUGGAGGUGAUGGACUCGGAGAUGUGAUAAAGGAGAAAGAUCCUCGUUGGGAGGAGAAAAUCCAAAAGGAGCAUGCAGUUAGCGCAAUGAUAAGACUGGUGUCCGAAAACCAGAACCAGGUCUCCUUGGUGGCUCUCGGCCCGCUCACUAAUCUGGCGCUGGCGGUCAGACUCGACCCCCAUUUUCCCCAAAAGCUCAGGGACCUGUACAUCAUGGGCGGCAACAUGGAAGGAAAAGGAAACAUGACUCUGUGUGCAGAGUUUAACUUCGCCAUGGAUCCAGAGUCGGCCUAUAUUGUUCUUGAGGAGUUCCUCUGUCCUACCUACCUGGCAUCGUGGGAAUAUGCGUGCAGAAACGCACUGGCGUGGGAGUUCCUUGAGGAGCUCGUCAAUCAGGACACUCCGGCUGCACGCUUCAUGAAGAUGAUAACGUCUAAAUGCUGGGCUUAUUCCAGAGAGGCCAUGAUGACUAAGAGAGACGUGUACUUUGGGCCGGGCUUUGUCUCCUAUGAUUCCUACGCCAUGGCGGCCUGCAUCGACCGCAGCGUGGUGACGGAGAGCAUCGAGUGUCCCGUCCGCGUGGAGCUCCAGGGCUCCAUUGCUCGAGGCAUGUUGGCGCUGGAUCGCACAAAUCAGCUGAAGAAGAGCCACAGCGUGUUUGUGUUGACUAAAUGUGACACAGCCAAGUUCAGCGAGCUUCUGAAGGAGUCCCUCAGACAGCCCUGCAAGAAGUAAAGUCUGGAUUUCAUUCAUUUAACUGCUGCAUCCCUUUGACCUUUUACUGACAUCAUUUUAUAGCCACAAAUGAUGUCAGGGAAGAUGGUUAUUACUAUAAUAUUCCCACCUGACCCAUCACAAUAAGCUGGAUUGUUUGGAAUGUUUUAUUCAAUAAAGCAAUGCAACGUUUUACUGUUA